AUGGCACGUCAAACCAGUGGCAACGUGGACAACGACGCAACGUGGCUUAAUGCCAAAGACGCAGUGUUUGGUUUGGAAAUGCAGCUUCCAUGGUCACGGCACCUGUUGGAGGGUCGAAAGUCAGUGGAAGUUCGAAGCUACAAUUUGCCUCCGCAACUGCUUGGAACCAAACUGUACAUUCUCGAGUCUCAGCCCGGUACCGAUGGAGUCAGUGCUCUCGGAGACCAGAUUAAACUACACCACAAUGUCAAGAUUCGAGGAUGGUGCCUAUUUGACGCAGUCAAGGAGUACACCACGCAAAGCGAUUUCGAGGUUGACGAAGGCCGUCAUUUAGUAUCCCCAACAUCAGGCUAUGCCUGGAAAGAAGGAUCCACCCAAGUUCUCUACGGAUGGAUUGCAAAGGAAUAUGAGCUGAUUGGUGACAACACUCAAAUAACUAACCACGAGGCAAGUCAUUACAAAACGGCAGUGCGAAGGAAACGAUCCAUAUUCCAGCUCUAUAAGGAAGACUUAUAG